AUGUUUAAAAUAUUUCAAAAUAUUGUUGAUGAAAUACCUUUGGAAGAUAAUAUAUCUAAAAAUUUAAAUUUUACUACAGAAAAUUCCUUAUUUAGAGAUUCUAAUAAGGUUGAAAAUAAAAUUAAUAGAAACAAUGUGAAUCAAAACCCUGUAUAUAAUUCACCAAAUUCAAUAUUUGAAAACUGCAAAAAGAAUAAUGAGGAUUUAGAUGCUGAUGAUUUUGAAGAUUAUCCUAUGGAAACUGUAAAUAAUCAAAUAUAUCCAACAGAUACAAGAAAUCAAUAUUUCCAAGUUGUACCCUCAUCAAUUAUGAGUACUUCGAAUCAAAAAUACGUCAAAUUUAAUACUGAAAAUGUUAACAGAAAACGCUCAAAUCCUUCUAAACGUCCUUCCAAUAUCCACCAACCUCAAUCACCAACUUCUUUAUCAAGAUUAACCUCAGCAAAACCAUAUUAUAGACAGCCAGUGUUACCACAAACAGUGGUAUCAAAAUCUACAAGAUAUAAUAAUUCCAGCUUUAAUAAUGAUGGAUUCCAAAUUUGUGCCUCAAAUGUAAAACAAAAUCAAAAUUUUGAUUUGGAGAAAGAAUUAAAAGAAAUUGAUGAAAUGAAUGAUGCUAUUGAUAAGUUAUUUUAA